AUGGCUGACCAGGCGCCCGGGGAUGCACCACAGAGCUGGGCGACGCUUCCCGCAGAAGACGCUACUGAGGAAGGCUCUCCGACUGCGCGGUCGCCGGAGGAGCUGCUGCUGCCGGUCGUGGUGUCGGCGGAUAACAACAGCAACAGCCGCCAGCUGAGAGAGUACGUGCAGCGGCUCCGCGCCGCGAGGGUCCCCGGCACGGAGCCGGCGCAUGUCGACGCUGCGUAUAGGGAGUACGCCAAGCUCAAGGACCAGUGCCUCGCGCUCAUACGGGCGCUUCUGACACCGCGCGAGGCGCAGACUGGUACCGUGCAGCGAAAAACAUUCGUUUCUGCUGCUGCAAGCCAGGAUUCGCUCAUUGAUGAGCUCGGGGUAGAGGAUGGGAGAGAGUCGACAGAGAAAGUCAGGAGGGCGAGUAUUGCGACCCUAGGAGCCGAGAAAGAACUUACCGGGCUAGGGGGCAGGCCCAGCGCCGCGUGGCUGGGCCCUGUGCGGGACUGGAAAGCCAGUGUGGAGAGCCUGCUUGAAGUGCACCGGGCGAGUCUCCUGGAGAUGUACAAGGAGUACGAAAAGGAUGCGACCCCUGAGAUGGCUGAGAAACUCUUCACGGACAAGGGGUUCAGGACUCAAGCAAUCCAGCGGAUGCGCAGUGCGGGGGUCUACAAGAUCCAGGCUUCGCCGCUGGAGUUCUGGCCGAAGUAUGAGAACCGUUUCCAGAAUUAUGAGAAGAUGAGACAGGAUCUGGGCGAGAUCACGAAUCUCCUACAGGUUGGGGAGUCGGGGAUCUCGCUUGACAGGAUUAUUAGAGAGUAUGCCAUCGCUCCUCGCGGUGAUGCCGUGCUUGAGUUCGCGAAUACAGCUAUGGAAUGGAAGCCAGUAUACCGAUUUCGAGUUUCCUCGCAUAUGCUUGCCGAGACGUCACCGAUCUUCGCGAGGAUGUUUUCAAAAGAGCCGGACAGGCAUCUUGAUGACCUUGCGUCUGAGGAGUGGGACUUGGCGGAUCUCGAAGAGGAGCUCCCUCCUGCGGCGAGCUCAUGCGUCUGCCCGGACGGCUCGGAGGUGAAGCUGUAUCGCAUGCCGCAGCUCGAGCUCAACAAGGAGGAAGCCCUAACAGCACUACUACACGCGGCACACAUGCACAAUGACAAGAUACCGCGCGACAUCUCCUUUGAGAAGUUUGUGGCGAUUGCUGAGGUGUCUCUGCGGUACCGAUGCACCUCGCCAGUGGAGGUAUUCGUUGAGCAUCGCUGGCUACCGCAGUGGAUGCACAAGGCUACAGAAGACAUGCCCGACGGCUUGCUGCUCAUCAGCUACGUAUAUGGCUUACGAAGGCUGUUCACGCGCAUGUCCAAGACGGCUAUCAUGAAUAUCGUCGAUGAGCGAGAGCUCAAGAAUAAGCCAUGGCCGCAGAAGGUCAAGGACAAAGUCUGGGCCGUGCGCAAUGCGAAGAUGGCACAGGUUCAUACGGCCUGUAGAAGUGCCAUUGAGGAGUAUCUUCGGCCGCCGAUGGAGGGCAGUGGGAUAGUCGAGCCUCACUCCAGAGACGACAUGGCAAUUCCACAGGGAACAUCAAUAGCAGGCCUGAUGACUUGGUCGCAAGUGACCACGCAGCUGAAGCCAUUGCCAGCGCCCCCCAGCAGCAAUGACAACAUGCCAGCGCCCAUUGCACUGACAAGCACGCCGCGCUGUCCUAAGGGUAACCAGUGGUGUGACGCUACAAACUUGGGAUGGCUGCUUCUCGUCUAUAAUGAACUGCAUCUCUUGUCGACUGUGAUGAGGCCCACGGUUCUCUCUCAUCUACAGCAGCCGCAACCUCCUCCUAGGUCGUUGGCGCAACUAGUCGACGCGCUGAGGCUAAUACCCAGCCCGCCGCAUCCAGUCCAUGCUGGCCCAGGCGGACGGGGUGGUGUCUGCGAUCCUGCGCCAGUCUUCCGUGACGCCAUCAAUGAUGUUUACAACAGCGUCAGCGGUCUGACGCUUUUUGACAUUAGCGGCCGCCAGCACGGCUGGGCGCUUUCAAGGCGGAGGCGUGACGAGCCACAGGCCAUCCUACGAGUGAGAAGGGCAGGACGGCAAGAACGGAGCCGCAGCCAGGACACAGCCAGUGAUGAGCGCCGGCCAAUUAUUUCAGUCCCCGAGAGCAUCUACCUUCGCGUGCUAUGGCAAUUGGAUAGUUUGGAGGACAUACACUCGGCCGCAAUGGCUAGUAGGGGUUUCUACGAGACGUUCAAGAAGAACGAGCUCUCUCUGAUGCGGAAUGUCGUCAGGGGGGAGCGGAGACGGACACUAAUGAUAUUAACCGGGGCGGGCGAUGUGGUUGGUGAGAAGAUACCGAAAUGCGAAUCUGAAGCACUGAAGGCACACUUGGAUGCCGUGAGGGCCAAACAGCAGACUAAGUCAACCGCAGCAGCGACAACCGAGUCGAAACAGGAAGAAUUCGAGAUCGAAAGUACCACUCUGCAAGAUGGAAGCGAAUCCGACACAGAAGCCCUCAUGUCUGACUACGCAACACCGGCUGCUAGUGUAAAAGAUGAGACAGAACCACCGCACGACAUGACUGUAGAGGAAGCACGUCAGAUCCUAUGGCCGGACGAGCCACCAGCCGAAGCUGAGCCUCUGCCUCUCAUCUCAAUUCCACCCGGUUUUGGUGAGGAUAGAGAGAAGUUCCGGCUCGAAGACAGAGAUCUUGUUGAAGAGAAGACGCUUGUUGUUGUCGCGCAGAAACAGUUGCGAGAGGAUUAUGACCGGAGGAUAGGGUUGGCUUCGGGGGCUUCAAGCGACUCCAACCAAUGA